GCAAGAACUACCGGCCAUUUAUAGUCAUCCCAUCCAGGUCAAUUGCACAAUACUAAUGAAAACCGCCCCUCAUAGCAUCGAUGGAGUGCUUCUUCAUGUCGCCAAGCCAAUCCCUGGCGCAACAGAGACCCUGAGAUAUCUCCAAAAGAACAACAUCCCGUUCAUCCUGCUGACCAAUGGCGGCGGCAAGCACGAGACGGAAAGAGUGGCCGACCUGAGCUCCAAGCUCGAUGUGCACCUGACCACGGACAACUUUGUGCAGUCUCACACACCCUUCCAGGAGCUCGUCCACGGCCCGGAGGGCCUGCACGACAAGAACAUCCUCAUCACGGGCUCGGACGCGAACAAGUCACGCACAAUCGCAGAGACGUACGGCUUCAAGAACGUCAUCACGCCCGCAGACAUCCUCAUGGCCCACCCCACGGUCUGGCCGUUCGAGCCGCUCAUGGAAGAGCUCUACGCCAAGACUGCACGGCCGCUGCCUGAGCCGCAGCCCAAGAUCGACGCCAUGUUUGUCUUCAACGACCCCCGCGACUGGGCCCUCGACAUCCAGAUCAUCACGGACCUGCUCCUCUCCGACGGCGGCGUGCUCGGCACGUACUCGUCCAAGAACGGCAGCAAGGACCUCCCCAAUGCUGGCUGGCAAGAGGACGGACAGCCACCGCUGUACUUUUCGAACCCGGACCUGUUCUGGGCCGCGCGUUAUCACUACCCGCGCUUUGGCCAGGGCGCCUUCCAGGCCGCGAUGGCCGGGAUAUGGAGCGAGAUCACGGGCGGCCAGGCGGAGCUGCGCCGCACCGUCAUCGGGAAGCCGUACAAGCAGACGUAUCGGUACGCCGAGCGCGUGCUCAACGCACACCGCGCCAGGGUUCUCGGGAUCAAGUCCGGCGGCGACAAGGUCCAGGACGACGACGACAGCAGCAUGCCGCCUCUCAGCCGGGUGUACAUGGUCGGAGACAACCCGGAGAGCGACAUCCGUGGAGCCAAUGACUACGAGAGCCCCGUGGGCACGGACUGGACGUCGGUGCUGGUUCGGACGGGCGUGUGGUCGGCCGAGAGGGGCCCGCCGGCGCAUGAGCCCCGGGCGGUCGUGGAUGAUGUCGCUGGUGCUGUGGACUGGGCACUCAAGCAGGAAGGCUGGCGGUAGAUUGCCCAAGAGUUGGUUCGUCGCGGGUAUUGUCACGUCUCUCGCAAGACGAUUCACAUGGCUAGAUCAGAUCCCAAAGAUAGUGUGCGUGCGUAUGCAUUGGACCAUUACCGGAGUGGUGACUCGCGGAAGCCUCGAUCGCUACUGUAAAACUCCAUGCUCUGGCAGGGCAGUUGGCUGCCACCCUGUUGAUCCAUCAUCGGCGCAGAUUGCGACUUUUUUAUAAACAUCUCUACAGUAGCUCAGCUCGUUGCAACGCAUUCCUGGAGACGAUGUCCGUCCACCUUGACCCAACGGCGCCCGCAUGUUACACUGGGCUAGUAGGGCCAAUCACGAGUUGAGAUCAGAGCACGUGGGAUAUUCCUGGCAACCAGAAUACCAUGAUAAACAAAACAAUCACAUUGCGAAGAUUUGUCAGCCAGAGAUAGCCGGCAAGAAUUGCUC